AUGGAUCUCAUAACGUCGUGUUUUGGAGGAGGCCGUAUCAGGCUCCCGGAUGAGGAGGCACCGCUGCUGUCUCAUUACGACGAUGAUACUUCGUUGCAGAGACAGCUACACCAGAAAUUGCAUACCUACCAGAUGCUACGUGCCCUUUCCAAGGGAUACUUGCCAUCCAACGACCAAGCCAUCACCAACCUGAGGACCCUCCUCUCCUCCUCCAUCUUGAAUCCAGACAACUCGGCCCUCAGCGACUCGGGACGGGCACUCACCUUCUACUCCAAAAAAUGGAUUGCCCAACUCAUUCAGCUCUUGGAGCACAAGAACAGCAAGGACCAGAUCCAGGAUUUUAUGUGGUACCUCUCCAAGGCUCCAUACAAGAGCAUCCAAACAGUUGGAUCCCUGCUCUUGACCAACUCCGACUUUCGCCUCUUCCUCUCGGAUCUCGGUGUGGUUUCUCGCCAAGUGUUCCGUGACACUGCCUUUGCCCUCUCUGCCGCAUCGAAAGAGGCAGGCAAGCGCCUUGAGCCUUCCAAGGAAGAAAAAGAAUCCGUGGCGAAACCAGGGAAUGAUGCGACAACCGACAAACCGGCCCAACAGGACUUGCAGGAUCAGGCUGCUGAGGUCGGGGAGGUGCUUGGAGACGUUGCGACCACUGUGGCCCAGGAAGCCGAAAGUAGCAUCGUCGACAAGCUACAGGGCGACGAGACCGAUACUCUGCUAUACCGCCUGAAGCAAGCUGUUACCAAGCUUCGAGACCGCAGGGAUUACUCGGAUUCAGUAUCGACAUUCUCGCUCCUCCUAAAACGAUAUGCCAUGGUAUACUCGCGCAUCGCUCGCGAUACCCUAAACGCUGCCGACCAAGACAUUGACCGUAACCCAGAGACGGACAAAGCUCUAGAGAACUUCUGGCUCUUCAUAAAGUCCUUUGGCGAACAACAAGAAUGGGAGGAAUUGGAAAAGAGGUUCAAGCUGGUCAUAGACCAUGGUCACAGCGACCCCGAAUUCGAGAAGCUGAUCGGUGAGCUAGGCAAUGCUGCCCAGGAGAUGUUCACCGACCCAUCUUUCUUUGACCAUGCCGAGGAGCGCUUCCAGGACCUCCGAGACCAGUCCCAGCAGCUCGCUUCUCGCUCUUCCCUGCGUGAUGACAUUGAUGGCUUGUUGUCACAGUUGCAGUCCACCUUCCGGUCUGUUAUGCGUGAUCGUGAUAUCUCUGGCCUGCUCAAGACGUCAGCCACCAUUGGCAAGAUCUUGUCGCCGAAACACCACUACACCAACACAGACUUGGUGACAGACUCCAUUAACUUCUUUGUUCCAUUGCUCAUCCAAGCGAUCAACUACAUUCCUAUUCCCAGGUUGGAGAUCUCCACACCCGAGAUUGACCUUCUGCUCGAGAACCUGAUCCUCGAGCCUGGCAAGACCAUUAACCACACUUCGUUCUUCCCAUACAAGCUUCGUAUCGAGACCCUCAACGACAUCGAAAUCCGUAAGGCCAGAUUCCGUACCACAUCCGCCAUGAAAAGUCUAGUGAGAAUCAAGAUCAAUGGACUCUCGGUCCGCGCCGAGGAAAUGGGUUUCUGGAUGAAGGCACAUACCGGCUUACUGCGCUACGUCGAUGAAGGCAUUGCCUCCUUCGCAAUGGACGAACGGGGCAUGGAUCUCGAGAUCGACGUCGAGGUCGGCCGUGACAGGAUGGACAGCGUUCUCUCCCUCCGCAGCGUCCGAUGCGAAAUCCACAAACUCGACUUCACCAUGCGCCAGAGCAAGCUCAGCUGGUUGGCCUGGCUCUUCAAGCCCUUCAUGAAGCCCAUCAUCAAGAAGACCAUUGAGAUGCAAAUCGCCAUGGGCAUCGCCCAGUCCUUGCGGUUCGCCAACCGCGAGAUCCUCUUCGCCAGGGAGAGACUCCGCGCCACGCGCAUUGCGGAUCCGGAUGAUCUCAAGACGUUCUUCAAGGCUAUCUUGGCGAGGUUGACGCCUCCUGACGAUCCGGAUCUCAAUGUCCGUGUGGGUGUUAUGGAUCCCGGAAGAGGCGUGUUCGACGGGGUGUAUGCUCCGGGAAGUAUUGUCAAAUUGUGGAAUGAGGAGGCUACGCAGGCAUCGCAGAGGAUUCGGGAGAAUGAUCAGGAUGGAUGGAGAAAUAGCAUUUUUGAUGUUCAUGCUACUUUGAUGACUUGA